CAUGGAUUUAAAGGUGUUCCGUGGUAACUCGCAUAUGUCAGAAAUAUGACGCCUGUUGACUCUAUGUCCCCCCGGGACCAGCUCGGCCCGUCCCUCUUACCUGCUCCCCCUGCCCCUGUGGGCGGGCGUCUGCCACGCGUCCCAGCGGUAGGGCUCGCCGGUCCCCCCACACCCCACUACCCCCACAUGUUUCAGCCCGCGCGUGCACCCCAUACCGUCCGGUGCUCGCUCCUCCGCUGUCUACAUCCACCCAUAAAAGUUGGGGUGGGCACGCCUCCCCCCUCGUCUCAGCGCACACAGCUGUCAGUGGCUUGCGCGUUUUCAAACAACCCUGCGGACCCAGCCCCCUCUAUGUCCAAGCAACUCGCCACGACAGGCGGAGACUUGACUCCGCCGCCCCUGUCAUACGGAGAUCCGGGCUUGCGCCAUGUGACAGCGCACCUCCUAGCUCUCUUAUAUAUCGAACUGCGGGACAUGUUCGAAUGGGUACCGACGGACGAGAUAUUCAAGGCCAUUGCACGAUCCUCGACGACUGACUAUCAGGUGAGCCGGGACCUGGCGAUCGCGCAUUUGAAGUCCUUGCCACCUGCGCGCCUGCUUGUCACCCCGAGGCGCGCGGCGUCACACCACCAAGAUGCACCAGCUGGCACGGGGUUGAAACUCCUCGCGGCCAUCGAGACUCGCAUGGCAACCGCCGCGAGCAGUGGCAGGAUCACGGCGCAGGAAGUGAUCAAGUUGGGGAGUAGCGACUCCAAGGAUGUUGACCCGAGCUACCGUCCUGCAGGGGCGAUCAAAGUGAUCGAGAAGGGUAAAGGGCGUGCGACAACCCCUCCCCCGACGAGCAAGAAGGGACCCCCCGACUACUACUCGAAAGCGCCGGGUGGGUCGGGCCUGACCCAUGCUGAGAGAGACGCUAUCCCGGGCGCUCCCGUUGCCCCCGCCGCCCCGGUUGCAUUUGAACCAGGUCCAUUUGAGCGGGUCCGCACGCCGUACCAUGGCACAGGAGCGGGCAAGAAGGAGGACACGAGAGCGAAAGGCAAGAAGGAGUACACGGGCGCGAAAGCCAAGAAGUAA